ACACUUUCCACGCGUUUGAAGUAAACUCAUAACGAUAGUGAGUUUAAGUAAAAAAAUAUUGUAUAACAUUUGUGUUUAUAACUUGUGAAAAAAUAAUACAAACCAAUGGAUAUACCGACUGAUGUGUGGGGUCAACUUGCUCUGGAAGCUAGUCAAGUCUAUUUGACUGAAGGAGGUCAAGUGAGAAGUCCAUUCGCUAACACGACAAUUGAAAAGUUACCUGACAAAGUAUUAUUGAAUAUAUUUUCAUAUUUGAGUCACCGUGAAAUAUGCCGAAUGGCGACAGUAUGCAAACGAUGGAGAAUGGUUGCAUAUGACACUCGUCUGUGGACUCAUGUCAGCUUACGGCCCGAAAUAUCUGGAUUACACGUUGGUUCACUGGAGUCACUGCUCGCGUUAAUUUCAAUAAGGUUCGGCCCAUCCUUGCGGUAUAUAGAGUUACCUAUAGAGUUGAUUACCCACAACGUGCUCCAUGAGUUAGCCGCUAAGUGCCCUAACUUGACUCACAUGCUUCUUGACUUCAGUACCGCCAUGCAGUUGCACGAUUUCUCGGAGAUGCAAGCGUUCCCCACGAAAUUGAAGUACUUGUGCAUCUGCCUAUCUGAAGUCAUCUUCAUGGAGGGUUUCAUGCGGAAGAUAUACAACUUCAUCAACGGCUUGGAGAUCUUACAUCUUAUCGGUACCUACGAGAAGAUAGAAGAAGAAGAAGAGGAAAUCUACGAGGUGAUCAAUGUACACAAACUGAAAUCUGCGACACCCAACCUGCGUGUCAUCAAUCUUUACGGCAUCAAUUUCGUAGACGAUUCGCACAUCGACGCGUUCAGUUCAAACUGUAUUCAGUUGGAGUGCCUUGCAGUGAAUUAUUGUAAUAAAGUCACUGGUUCCACCAUGAAGACAUUAUUCCAACGAUCGAGGCGUCUGACCUGCCUUCUUAUGAAUGGCUGCAGUCUGCACUCAGAUUAUGUGAUGCAAGUGGAAUGGGAGAAGUCCUCCAUUCAGGAAUUGGACGUUACAGCGACUGAUUUGUCUACGGAGUGCCUGAUCGAUAUGUUGUCAAGGAUCCCAAACUUGCGAUUCCUCAGUGCAGGCCAGAUAAAUGGGUUCAACGAUUCCGUGCUGAAGGCUUGGUUGGAAGCAGGCACUGCUAGGAAUCUGAUGGCUCUCGAUGUGGAUUCGUCAGAUAAUCUAUCAGACGAGGCGUUACAUCGAUUCAUUUCUCGUCUUGGCGCUCCUUUAGCCGGACUUGCCCUUAGCGGUAUGCCACACAUCACCGACCAACUGUGGCAAAGUCUCAUGCCACUACUGCACAGCACCAAGAUUCUCAUAAUGGGGACUCAAGAAAGAUUAGGAAUAAACAUUCACGUUGACCAGUUGAUGGACGGAAUAGCGAACAGUUGCCCUAAUCUGGAGCGGUUAGAACUGCGAUGGGACCCAGAGAAUUUGCGCUUCAGUGACAAGAGUCAGAAGGCCAUCGACAUCUUACGUGUCAAGUGCCUCAAGCUUAAGUGUUUAGUGCUGAGUGACGGCCGAUAUUAUGAGAUUGUCAAAGCCAACUUUGAACGAGCGGACCGCACCACUGUCGUAAGAACGUCAACUAACUGCCGAGUUUCCAACUACUACUUAUUAUCGAAUUACAAAGAACUUAUAUUCAACUAGCAGAUAUAGAGGGAUUCUUUACUAAGUAUGAUAUGUUUUAUCGCAACACACAACAUAAUAAUGCCAAAUGUUUGGUAUGGAUGCUCAGUAUUUGUACGCAUGUAUUUCUUGUACUGGACUUCGUAGCGCAGGACCGGACAUACACUAAAUAGAGCUCAAAAGUUGCUACUGGAGAUUAAUAUUGCCAUUGUUAAAUCAUGAGAGGUUUCAUUUACCAAUUCAACUUUAAUACAACUGUCAUUGGGUUUCGAAUAUUAAGCUCUUAUCGUUCGAUUUCUGUUGGAGCAACCUCGUAAGAUAUUGUGCCUGGAAUUGAUUUCGCUUGACGUAUGAUUUCGGUUAGACACGAUUGCGAUCAAUUAAUAAAAGGGCUCCCAACGUGAAAAUCAACUUGCAAACUCGUAUCUGGCGUCACGCAGUAGACCUGCAGGUUCUUAGAUCACAUACCAAAGAAUUAUUCUUAAACAAGUUUGAUUACUUAUUCACGUAUUUCAUUUUAAUAAAUAAGUAGUUCC